AUGAUAAGCAUGGGGAACCUGAUCAAAGUGGCGGAGGCGAUGCUGCCGCUCUACAUGGCGCUGGGGCUCGGCUACGUCUCCUUGCGGUGGUGGCGCCUCAUCUUGCCGGAGCAGUGCGAGGCGAUCGAUCGCCUUGUCUACUCCAUCACGCUGCCAUUGUUCACGCUUCAGUUUACGUUGCACAUGGACCCCUUUGCCAUGAACUACCGCAUGAUCGCCGCCGACGCUAUCUCGAAGGUGCUGGUGGCUGCGUUGCUGGUGGCGUGGACGAGCUGCAGGCGGUGGCUCGCCCAUAGGGACCAGGAAAGGCCGAGUUAUUGCGAGGCCAUCACCAGCUUCUCGCUGUCACAACUCACCAACUCGCUGGUGGUGGGGGUUCCGCUGGUGACGGCGAUGUACGGGCCGUGGGCGCGGGACGUGGUGGUGCAGCUGUCGGUGGUGCAGGCCGUCGUGUGGCUCCCGCUGCUGCAAUUUGUGUUCGAGAUCCGGAAGGCCAGGUGCGGCCUGUUCUCCAUGGCCUCGGAAGCACAGGAGGUGUCUAUCGAGGCGCCGCCUCCACCGGCAGCCAGGGACUCGGAGGGCGGCACCGGGGAGGGGGCGGAGCUGGCGGCGGCUAGGCCGUCGUACUGCUCGUUGAUCAAGGUGGUGUUGCUCAGUCUCGCGAAGAACCCAAACUCAUACGCCUGCAUAAUCGGCAUUACGUGGGCGUUCCUGGCCAACAAGUGGCAAUUGAAGACUCCAAGUGUCAUUGAGAAUUCUAUAUUGAUCAUGUCCAAGGCAGGGCCUGGGAUGGCCAUGUACUCUAUUGGAUUAUUCAUGGCAUCACAAAAGAAGAUACUUAUAUGUGAGCUGAGGUCGGCAGCACAAGCAAUGGCGCUAAAGUUCAUAUGUGGACCGGCGGCGAUGACCAUUGGAGCCUUCUCCGUCGGUCUUCGCGGUGAAAUGUUACAUCUAGCGAUCAUACAAGCUGCUAUGCCACAAUCCAUCACUUCUUUUAUUUUUGCAAAAGAAUAUGAAUUGGAUGCUGAUGUCCUUAGUACUGCGGUAACUUUUGGGAUGUUGGUGUUUUUGCCUGUUCUUGUGUUAUAUACUAUAUGA